UAAAGCGAGUCGGGAAAAAAUUAUUACUAGAGAUUAUUGUUUUUCUAACCUCCUCAGUUGCAAAUUCUUAUCUUCUUGUGAUUGUGUUUAAAUUUGAAGACUUUUAAUACCAGAAGGAUUUAAUAUUGUGCUGAAAGAAUUAACAACAAUAUAUAUGAAUAUAUAAGUACUGAACAAAUAAGAAAGAAAUUUGACAAAAGAUUGCAACACAGAAGUUCAAGCAGAUUUUUUUUUAAUAAAACACCUCAACAUGGUUUGCGAGAAGUGCGAAAAGAAAUUGGGCAAAGUCAUUACUCCAGAUCCUUGGAAAACAGGUGCAAGAAACACAGUGGAGAGUGGAGGGCGUAAGGUGGGAGAAAACAAGGCUCUUUCUGCAGGAAAAGCACGAUUCAAUCCAUAUACCACAAAAUUUGAAUGCUGCAGGAUAUGCAGGCAAAAAGUUCAUCAAGUUGGAUCUCAUUACUGUCAAUCUUGUGCAUAUAAGAAAGCCAUAUGUGCUAUGUGUGGAAAGAAACUGAUGAGUACAAAGAAUUAUAAACAGUCUGCUACUUAAUUUUGAAUAAUUCUUACAUAUACGUUUAAGCGUAAUAAUAUAUCAUG